AUGUUCAGCCUCGGUCCAGGCUCAGUAUGCGAUGUUUGCCUCGAAUCCUUUGGUGCUGAUUCGAAGGCACCGUGUUCGAUCUCAUGCGGACACGUAUUUUGCGCAGACUGUCUUCGCCAUAUCACGCGUCAGACUUGUCCUCUGUGCCGAGUUCCCUUUGACCCCAGAUCAACAGUCAAGCUUCACGUUGAUUUGGAUAGCGUCAAAGCAGCGUCCACCGGGCCUGGCAGCGCAGGAGAUACUCCCUCUGCUGAACAAGAGGCCCGUUCUCUUCAUGAGAGGAUUGCUGCAGUUGCUAAUGCUGGCACUUCUGAAGCCAAUCUUCGCUCGCUGAUAUCAGAAUGCAAAACCUUUCUCUCCGGUCACCCUCGAAGUUUAUUUCAGGAUUUGCGCGUUAGUCUUCGCAUGAUCGCGUAUCUGUGUGAAGUGAAGAGUACGUUGAGGUCGCAGAAUCAGGCCGUUGAUUCAUUCAGAGAACAACUUGAAGGGAGCCGAGCAGAGUACGAUGAACUCCAGGUGCGGUUGUUAGAAUUGGAUGGCGCGAGGAAAGAGGCUGUCAAUGCAAGAAGAAAGGCUGAAGGGGAAAAGAAAGAGGUGCAAGCUACAGCCGUGCAGCGAGAGCUGGAACUCACGCAAAAAGUAUCGGAGAUGCAGAACAAGUACAUUGACCUCUUAGAGUGA